GUGCUUUUCCUAACUUUUCUCGGCAAAUUCAGUUGAGGAAAUGUUGUAUUUUGUGUAGCUAGCACUAAGAUAUUAAAUAACUCUAGCUGGCUGGUAAUUUGUUGGCUGGUAAAUGUCUAAAAUGUACAUUGAGAAAUUGUCCCGAGUUUUAGAGCGGUAUCGGGAGUAUGUCACGAAGAACCCAGCCGCAACGGCACAGUUGGAGAGCACGGUUAGAACGCUGUCGUAUCUCAUUGCAGGACGGUUUACUGACUCCCAUGAAAUCUCCGAAUUGGUGUAUUCUGCCUCCAACCUACUGGUGCUGCUGAACGAUGGCAUUCUGCGCAAAGGGCUCUGUCGCACCCUUCCCGUGUCUCUCUCUCAGCAGAGGCUCCUCACCUGGCUGUCAGUGUUGGAGUACGUGGAGGUCUUCCUGGAGAUGGGGGCCGCCAAACUGGGGGGGGUGGCGGGUCGUUGGCUGGUGAUAGUACUCAUCCAGAUCACUAAAGCCAUCUUGCGCUUCCUCCUGCUCUUCUGGUACAAAUCUGGCAUGCAGAUGUCACCCCCAAUCACCCCGCUGGACAGGGAGGCACAGCUCGGCAACGAGGAUGAUCAUGAGCAGCACCAGGGUGACCCCUCCUUUGUGGGCCAGCGGUCGGGGAGGGUGAUGAGACCGUUGGGCAGUGCCCCCUCUCUGCACGCUCGUCUGUGGGAAGCCCCCAGUAGGAAAAGGAGGCCCGGCAUGUUGGAGGAUCUGGCCUCCAGCCCCACUGCCCUGGGCGUCCAGGAAACCAUAGCGGAGUCCAUGUACAUUGGGCGGCCACUGGUGCACUUGCUCUGUCUGGGAAUGUGUGGGAGAGGUUCCUGGAAACCAUGGCUCAUCUCAGGAGCCAUAGAAAUAACCAGUUUUGGCUUGAUGAGUGAUACUAAAUCUCUAAACCGACGGGAGAGGGCAGAGGUCAGGAGGAGAGCCUUCUUGCUUCUGUACUACCUUCUCCGCUCCCCUUUCUAUGACAGAUUCUCAGAAGCAAAGAUUCUGCUCUUGCUUCGAUUUCUGGCAGACUACGUUCCAGGCGUUGGGCUGGUUGCUCGGCCACUGAUGGAAUACCUACCCAUCUGGCAGAAGAUCUACUUCUAUAACUGGGGCUGAAGGCAGGAGCUGGAAGGUCAGAAGAUCUUCUCAUCCACCAGUCCAGCUGGAGAGAUUAAGACUAAAGAGGAAGACCUUCACUGACGCAUUACAGAGCCAGAGACACACAGGGACUCAAUAGGCUUUCCGACCCAAUGAAACCUGUGUUCGUUUGGUCUAUUUUACUGGGGAUGCUGACAUAAGCUCCAAUGCAGCCCUGUUUCAGAGGCCCGCACCCAUAGCCACUCGCAGAGCCUUGCCUUCUCAUUUCCAAUAUUAACCUUUUCUUUUCCAUGUCAUUUGGUUUGUUUCUUCGGUCAGACGGAUAGGCUCUGUAAUGAAUUGAUGCUGAUUAUGUGAAUUUUAAUCUUGGUGUUGUUGACCGUGUUAGAUGUCUUGAUCACUCGCCAGUCAGUAUUGCGAUCUUGGCGCGUUCCACGUCUCUCCCACCUCAUAAACGCCAGGCUUCAUCCAGUCUGUAGCAGGGAAGACCUGCACUGCAGCGAGAUGUCAGUGUUUGUGAACUGCAUUCACAGAAAAUUCUGCAGAAGUCUACAACCACAAUAGCUUUUACACAGGAAGUCCUGGGCGGUCGGACUCACGAAUGCUGCACUAGGCAGUUGAAGUUCAGCUCUGAAAAAUGUGAUUUAAUCGACCAAAAGACCAAUUAGUAGGGACUAAAGAAAAGUUCAGAAACGGCACAGGGAUGUGAAGUACCAAUGAGCAAUGCAUGUGACCCAGACGAACAUGAACCAGAGAGGAAAUGUAACAUUUGUUAAUGAAAUAUGGUAUGUUCUUAGAGAAAUUAUUGAUCUACUUCGUUAUAUUGGUAAUUAUUUGGGGGUGACAAUUGGAAAUCCAGACAAUGGUAAUUUCAGCCUUAUUUGAUUCCAAUUAGCUUUUUUUUUUUUGCCAGACUACCUGAAGUAAUCUGGAAAUGUAUCAGGUUCAUGUGUUUUUACAGUGUGGAAAAAGCCAGGCAGCUGGAAUAAUUCAAACCUGCCAUAGCAUUGUUUACACAGUGACUGCCUUUGAUGCCAUGUAUCCCGACAGUAGUUCCAAUUCUGAAUAGUGAAAGCAGUAAAAACCCUGGUUAUUCUUGUUGUUUGUUCCCAGUCAGUUCAUUUGACCACAGGAAAAUCUGCUGCUGGGUAAACAGCAAUUCAGGUUCAACUUAAUUGUCUAAUGUCGAUAAGAGAAACAAAUGUUGUGGCCUUUUCACUAAUUGUUUGUGAGUGGAAAAGAAUAAUGUAUUUGGCAGUUUUUCAAUGUUUGUUCCUUUUAUUCUGACACAGUUCCAUCAUCAGCUGAACUACAAUGACAAACUGUCCCCAUCCUGAUCAGUUACUUUAGGCAGGAUUUUUUUGCCAGUAGAACUUGUAAAUAUUACCUCGCCUUCAUGUAAACUUCUACCUGGUGUUGUUAAGCACAUUCAUCAUCAAUUAACUUGAGUACACAGUGAAGGAUUUCAGUCUUUAUUGACACAAAUCUAAUAUGUCUCUUUUUGUUGCCUACAAUACAUUAACUGUAUUAUGUUUC